GCAGGAGACCCCACCUCCAUGGUGGUCACCUGGACUACCUUUGACCAAGCUGAAUCUGUCGUAGUCUUUGGCCAGGCUCCAGGGAAGGCCUUUCCUCACAGGGCCAGCGGAAACGCUACCCGGUUUGUGGAUGGUGGCAGCCUGGGCCGCACCCUGUUCAUCCAUCGAGUCACCCUCCGUGGCCUCAUUCCGGGACAGCGCUACACCUAUCGCUGUGGGAGCAAGUGGGGCUGGAGCAGGCCCUAUGGCUUCCGGGCGUUGCUGAACGGUAGCGACUGGAGCCCCCGCUUUGCCCUUUUUGGAGACUUGGGCCUGGAGAAUCCCCAGUCCUUGCCCCGGUUGCGCUGGGAGACCCAGAGGGGCUGGUACGACGCUGUGCUUCACAUAGGAGAUUUUGCCUACGACCUGGACUCGGAUAAUGCCCUCGUUGGAGACAGCUUCAUGCGGAAAAUCGAGGCGGUGGCUGCCUUCGUACCGUAUAUGACUUGCCCGGGAAACCACGAGGAGAAGUACAAUUUCUCCAACUACCGGUCCCGCUUCAGCAUGCCUGGAGACACUGAGAGCCUCUGGUACAGGUGCGCCUCUGGGCUGCAAACGCCAUGAUGGCGAGAAAGCCAAGACCGCUCUUCCUUUCUGGCCUCUCCAGUUGCUUUUCUGGGGGAAAACGAGGGGGGGGUUGGAGGUGCUCCUGCCUGGGAUUGUGCUGCUAAGAGAAGGGGAAGAGCCGUGUGCUGGAUUGGGCCCGAGGCCCAGCCGUCUGGGUGCCAGCGGGGAGCUCG